AUGUCCCAGGGAGAGGACGCUAGUCUGGGGGGGGGGGGGGGGGGGGAGGUGGAGGGAGAGGAGGGAGAGGUGCGGGACAGGGUUAGGGACAGGUGGGAGAGGAGGGAGAGUGCAGGGGGCGGGGCGUCUCAUGUUUUAGAGCAGAUGGUUUUCUGCAGCAGCGGCAUCUGUGGAAACAACAGCAUCAGGAUCACGAUCUCCUGGGUCUUUGCCAGAGGAGACGCCACCUUCGAGGCGAUCUGUGAAGAAGAGGUGGAGUUAGACACCGCCCACUGUCACUGUCCCCGCCCACUGUCCCCGCCCACUGUCCCUGUCCCCGCCCACUGUCCCUGUCCCCGCCCACUGUCCCCGCCCACUGUCACUGUCCCCGCCCACUGUCACUGUCCCCGCCCACUGUCCCCGCCCACUGUCCCCGCCCACUGUCACUGUCCCCGCCCACUGUCACUGUCCCCGCCCACUGUCCCCGCCCACUGUCACUGUCCCCGCCCACUGUCCCCGCCCACUGUCACUGUCCCCGCCCACUGUCACUGUCCCCGCCCACUGUCCCUGUCCCCGCCCACUGUCCCCGCCCACUGUCACUGUCCCCGCCCACUGUCACUGUCCCCGCCCACUGUCACUGUCCCCGCCACUGUCCCGCCCACUGUCCCCGCCCACCACUGUCCCCGCCCACUGUCACUGUCCCGCCCACUGUCCCCGCCCACUGUCACUGUCCCCGCCCACUGUCACUGUCCCCGCCCACUGUCACUGUCCCCGCCCACUGUCACUGUCCCCGCCACCCUGCCACUGUCCCCGCCCACUGUCACUGUCCCCGCCCACUGUCACUGUCCCCGCCCACUGUCACUGUCCCGCCCACUGCCCCACUGUCCUGUCCCCGCCCACUGUCACUGUCCCCCCGCCCACUGUCACUGUCCCCGCCCACUGUCACUGUCCCCGCCCACUGUCACUGUCCCCGCCCACUGUCACUGUCCCCGCCCACUGUCACUGUCCCCGCCCACUGUCACUGUCCCCGCCCACUGUCCACUGUCCCCGCCCACUGUCACUGUCCCCGCCCACUGUCCCUGUCCCCGCCCACUGUCACUGUCCCCGCCCACUGUCACUGUCCCCGCCCACUGUCACUGUCCCCGCCCACUGUCACUGUCCCCGCCCACUGUCCGCCCCUGCCCACUGUCCCGCCACCUGUCCCCGCCCACUGUCACUGUCCCCGCCACUGUCCCCGCCCACUGUCACUGUCCCCGCCCACUGUCACUGUCCCCGCCCACUGUCACUGUCCCCGCCCACUGUCACUGUCCCCCCACUGUCCCUGUCCCCGCCCACUGUCCCUGUCCCCGCCCACUGUCCCUGUCCCCGCCCACUGUCACUGUCCCCGCCCACUGUCCCUGUCCCCGCCCACUGUCCCUGUCCCCGCCCACUGUCCCCUGUCCCCGCCCACUGUCCCUGUCCCCGCCCACUGUCCCUGUCCCCCGCCCACUGUCCCCGCCCACUGUCCCUGUCCCCGCCCACUGUCCACUGUCCCCGCCCACUGUCCACUGUCCCCGCCCACUGUCCACUGUCCCCGCCCACUGUCCACUGUCCCCGCCCACUGUCCACUGUCCCCGCCCACUGUCACUGUCCCCGCCCACUGUCCACUGUCCCCGCCCACUGUCCACUGUCCCCGCCCACUGUCCACUGUCCCCGCCCACUGUCCACUGUCCCCGCCCACUGUCCACUGUCCCCGCCCACUGUCCACUGUCCCCGCCCACUGUCCACUGUCCCCCGCCCACUGUCCACUGUCCCCGCCCACUGUCCACUGUCCCCGCCCACUGUCCAUGUCCCCGCCCACUGUCCACUGUCCCCGCCCACUGUCCACUGUCCCCGCCCACUGUCCCUGUCCCCGCCCACUGUCCCUGUCCCCGCCCACUGUCCCUGUCCCCGCCCACUGUCCCUGUCCCCGCCCACUGUCCCUGUCCCCGCCCCACUGUCCCCUGUCCCCCGCCCACUGUCACUGUCCCCGCCCACUGUCCACUGUCCCCGCCCACUGUCCACUGUCCCCGCCCACUGUCCACUGUCCCCGCCCACUGUCACUGUCCCCGCCCACUGUCACUGUCCCCGCCCACUGUCCACUGUCCCCGCCCACUGUCCACUGUCCCCGCCCACUGUCCCUGUCCCCGCCCACUGUCCACUGUCCCCGCCCACUGUCCCUGUCCCCGCCCACUGUCCCUGUCCCCGCCCACUGUCCCUGUCCCCGCCCACUGUCCCUGUCCCCGCCCACUGUCCCUGUCCCCGCCCACUGUCCCUGUCCCCGCCCACUGUCCACUGUCCCCGCCCACUGUCCACUGUCCCCGCCCACUGUCCCUGUCCCCGCCCACUUUCCACUGUCCCCGCCCACUGUCCCUGUCCCCGCCCACUGUCCCUGUCCCCGCCCACUGUCCACUGUCCCCGCCCACUGUCCCUGUCCCCGCCCACUGUCCACUGUCCCCGCCCACUGUCCACUGUCCCCGCCCACUUGUCCACUGUCCCCGCCCACUGUCACUGUCCCCGCCCACUGUCACUGUCCCCGCCCACUGUCCACUGUCCCCUGUCGCAGCCUCCUGGAGGUGGUUUGUGAGCUGCAUGUCUGACCUCGGGCAGGGCCUGCAGGACCAUGGCGGUCUGGGCGGCCUCUCCGUACUGUAG